UCUCACUAUGUAUUCGCUGCAUGUCCGUGUUCAGUGCACACGCAACCAGCUGCCUCAUACUGUAGGUUUCUGGUCCGACAGUCAGAAUCCUUCGGUUCACAGUAAUCGAAUGAAGCCCAUUGUAAAGCCUUACAGCAAAAGAUGUCUCACGGCUAAAAGUCCCGCUUAUCCGAAACCUAUUGUAGCGUGUCUUUGGGAAGUUGGCCAAUAACAAUGCAAGUCGCCAAUGCCAUGCGUCACAUGCACAGUCACUCAUGGCAUGCACAGUCACUCAUGGAAACAAGAGAUCGCGACAGCGGGGAAAGAACGAAGAAAGACAGCGCCUGGCAGACACCCCCCACCCCAUCCCCCCCUCCCUCUGUCUUCUUCCGCUGGGAAGAACAUCAAACAUCCUCAGAACUCACUAACCUAACCCGCGGUCCCUUCCCCCUCCCCAGAAGACAUCAGUGUGAAGGUCUUGCCCGCCCAGUUGAUGAGCACCGCCGACCAGCCGAGCUCCUCCAGCGCAUCAGUGUGAAGGUCUUGCCCGCCCAGUUGAUGAGCACCGCCGACCAGCCGAGCUCCUCCAGCGCAUUCAUCCCCAGCACGUUGACGUCGGCGAAGUGGCCGUGGGAAGGGUAGCAGUGUACACGGACGCCUUCGAUCUCCACCGGCAUGCUGCCGCCGGUCCCCUCUCUGUCGGGAGAGAGCGUCUUCAUGGUCUUCUCGCUGAGGUAUGUCGAGUCCGUCCCCGUCUGGACGACGAACAGCACGUUGUACGACUCGUUGGGCGGCUGCUGGGAUCUACGCAGACGCUCCUGCUCGUCCAAGGUCGGAAACACGAAGCGCCAUGCGCGCCACACCAGCGGGACCACGAGGCGCCGAUGACUGCCAUAGACUAUGCCAGUGCGAUGCUGAGGCGUCCCUGACGACGGUGCCGUCGGCUCACCGAGGGUCCGCAAUGCCGAAAUCUCGAGCGGCAAUAUGCUGUGUCGCCUCCCACGUCAGGUCGUACAGCCAGAAAUCCUGCUCAUAUGGCCCGGGGCGCGGCACGUCAUGCACCAUUUGAGCAGAAGUCCGAGCGAGCUCACAG